GUCAAAAUGUCAACAUAUCUGAACCACCUUGCUAAAUAGAUUGUAUCUGUACAACUUUGUUCCUGAACUUUGUUGAGGAACAAGUGGAUAGAAUUGGAACAACAAUGAUUGAAAGUGUGCAAGUGCGCCAGCGGGGUGCAUACGACUUCGAGACACAUUAUGAUAACCUCUGUGCGCUGCAAGACUCGUGUCCUCUACCAGCUGUGAAGGCACACUUGUCUCAGGGUGUACUUGAUCUUAAUGGUGAUAGAAUUAGAGCAAAUGACUGGAUGCCUGUAUUGAACACACUGAGAAUCAACAAAAGUCUCGAGUUUGUGGCAGUAAGGAGUUACUAUACGCCUCCUUCAGAUGAAAAUGAAAAGAGAGCAUUGAUAGAGAAGCGGAAAACACCAUCUGUCCGCUCGAAAGAGAUUACGUAUAGAAUGUGUAAAGCUUUAAAGGAGUGUCUUGGAGUUACCCCAAACCUGACGUGCCUGGAGCUACAGGGGCUUCCUCUCAGGGAGAGAGAUCUCACUACAUUGAUGAAGGGAUUGGUAAAGAACAGCACAUUAAACCAUCUGUCACUAGAGUACUGUAGAAUAGGUGAUGCUGGACUCGAUAUUGUGUGUAAAGGAAUCAAGAAUUCGACAUCAAUCAACUCUGUAAACUUCACUGGCUGUAGUUUAACAUCGAAAGGAGCAGACUCCCUGGCCAAAGUUAUUAAGCACCAGGGAACCAGGAGACACAAUGAAGCUUGGCGUGACAGUCUACGGUACAGGAGGCCGGACCUCGACAGAAUGCCAGGUAUCAGGAGAAUUACGAUCAACAACAAUCCUAUGAUGGGUGAUCAGGGGGCAGCACUCUUGGCAGAAGCACUCAAAGAUGAUCUCUGGUUAAAAGCACUUGACAUGCAGGGCAAUGGUAUUUCUUCCAAUGGUGCUAAAGCACUGCUAGAUGUUCUCAAGUACAACACAACAUUGGUGGUUCUCGAUGUGAGGAGAAACCCUUUAAUUGAUCGUGACUUGGUACAUGCCAUUAUGGAACAGUUGAUGAUAAAUUGUAAUGGACAAGAUACAGAGUACAAAUGGAUAAAAGCUGAUGAACCGUCCGACAAAGGUAGCCAGGGGAAGAAGAAAAGAACUAAAACACUGAACAGCAGUUUCGGCAGGAAGACUACUAUCAGGAUAACACCAGGUGCUGCCAGAAGAAGGACAAGGUCAGCAGAAUCUAUCGGAGUGAGUAGACGUAUGAAACCAAUCAGUUCCGAGGACGUAAAAAGUGGGCCAGGUCUGCCUUGGAGAACUGCUGCACGUGCUAACAGAUACAGAGGUUAUCCACCGGAACAUGUUCCUGGACACACCAGCUUGAUGGAGAAAAGUGAGAACUAUGCUCCACAGAAUUCUCUCAACUAUUCCUCUAUCAACAUUACUCACCACGACGAUGACGAGACAGAAGAAACGGAAUCCUCGAUGCAAGAAGAAUUUGAAAGAUUGAAGCUUGACGAUAGUGGGCUGUCGACAGCUGUUACAGGCAAAGGAAUUAAGGUUGAGAUUGUACAGUUACGCAGACAGAUCAACGAGGAAAGGCUGGCGAGACACAAAGCCGAACAGAAAGUUGUCGAGCUGACAUUGGACAAUAAGAAACUACGUGAAGAAAACAGCCGAUUGAAGCGUUCCCGUGGCAGCAUACUGGAUGACGACUCGGUCCUUGAGAGUAUUGAAGCUUCCUUCAAACAAUUUCACGAAUUCCUUGACUUGCUAAGGGAUGCUGGACUUGGGAAGUUGAUAACAAUGGCGGGGCUUGAUUCAGAGGGUUCACCAUUCAACAGCAACGCACGAGAUCACAUUCAGAGCUUCCAGAAAUCUUUCUCAAAAUCUAACGGCUUUUCUGGCGACAUUUCGUCAAACGGACAUGUGAACGGUUCAUUUGGACUUUCAGAGAAGCCCAUAAAUGGAAACAUACGACCAAAACCGUAUUUAAGUAAUUCCUACAGUCAAGACCCGGUGAUGAACGACUCGCAUGAUCAGAGCGGCUACAUCAAUGAUUCACAUGAUGAGGCACAAAAACGAAGAGAUGAAUUGUACGAGAGAAUUUUAAGAGAUACUAGUAACGCAUUUAAUAGAAUUGGAGAACAAAACGUAUCGUUCAAUAUUUCAGCUGAUACCACAGGGACGCAAGCAGACGACAAAUACGUUGAUGACUCUCGAGAUGACAGUGAUUUGAAACCGUCACUAAAGUCGCCAGAAAAAGCCCCUCGAUCAAGAAUUCCGAGAUUGGGAUCUAAGAAAAGAGGGACCGAUUCUGAUACCGAUCAGGAUCGGUCGCUCGUAUCAGACAAAUUAGAUAAUUUGAAAGGUCCAGGUGGUGAGAUAAUUAUGUCACUGUCACCUUUUGACGACGAUGAUACAGGAAGACAGUCUCCGAAACAGGAAGAAGAUGCUUCACCAGAGAGAGGCGGGCAGACGUCACGUGUCAGUGAUUUUAGUUAUGGAAUGGACAGUUUUGAACAGUCGUAUGUUAGCGAACGUGGAGAAGUUGUACAUUUGGGAGAUGAGAUGGAUUAUCCUGAAAGUCCGUCACCGAUUCGGAUGGACAGUGAUAAUGAGGAUUUUUAAUAUAUAAUUUUACUUGCUGAGGUAUUCAACGAUCGUAUUUAUUACUAAAUAUAACAGUAACCUACUAGAUUUCUUUUACUUUUUAGAAAGAUUGACAAAUACUUCCAAUUCAGUGCUUGAUUUUUAUGUUAUUUUAAGAUUUAAUAAUGUAAUGUCAAACUUGCUGCCGUAGGAAAGUGGAUUUAUGACUUGAUUAAGUCAUGACAGACUAGGUAAACAUACUGAAAUUCCUUACUAUUGGUGUGUGGCUGUGAUUAUACUGUCAAAUUAUUAUUUGAGAACAUAUUUUCAUGAUGUCAUUCCACAAAAUCAGUAACAAAAGACCAAAUAAUAGCGGGGGUGGUGGGGGGGGGGGGGGAAUUUUUUUUCGUGGCCGAGUUAAUCUGAAAUUCAGUCUCAACAAACAGGUAAAGACUACAUUCAUUUAACAUUUCGCCAGCUGGCGGCAAGUUAUUUUGUCUUUGCGACGAGUGCAGGUCAAGAUCCCUAUUCCGUCAGUAAAUUUGCAGUGAACACCCCUUUGAAUAAUAAAUGGUACUGCCCAAAUUGAAAGAUGGACAAGUUCAUUUCAGAAAUUUAGCAGAUUAAGGGUUGAGGUAAGGUCAAAAUUUAAAAUCACAAAUUUAUUACCCCAAAAAGUAGCUGUUUUGAUCGAAACCACAAAUUUGUGCCAAAAAAAAAAAAAAAAAUGAUUUUACAUUAUAGUACCUUUAACUCUUACCCUGCUAAAUUUCUAUAAUGAACUUGUCCAUUUUUCAAUUUGGACAGUAUCAUUGAUUUGGACAGUAUCAUUGACUGUUAUAAAUUGGAUGCAUACCAAAAAGAUACUGACUGAAUGGUGAACAGUGUAAGUCAUGAUUAGAUUGCACGGAGGUGCAGGCUGUUCAUGAUCUACAGUGGUCACAAAGGCAGAAUCAAUCAUGUCCAGCUUUUUAAGGGUAAAGAUUUGACAUCUACAAAUGUAUUUCCUCACAAAAUAGCCAUUUAGUUGAAACCAUGAAAUUUUUAUAUCAUGGAAAUUUAAUGAUUUGAUGGUAUUAAACAAGCCAUCUCUAAUCUAGUAUUUCAAAUUGUAGCUCAUUUGUUUGUGUUACAUUGCAUAGAAUCUCUGUUAUGUAGGGUUUAUUUUCAUGUUUUAUAUAACUUACAAUGUAGAUAAACUUAAGGGUGCAUAUUUUAUAUCUGUGAUUUGUAUUUUUAUCUAAUUUCAAAUCAAAAGUAUUCUUUGUUUUCUUUUUUUUUUUUUUUUGCUUCUUUUGGGCAUCUGUCACUGUUUUAAUUGCACCAUACCUUGUUUCUGUUGAUGAUUGAUAGUGGGGGCUGGGGCAGGGGUGCUUUUGAUUUCUUCCCAUACUCUGUGAAAACUCAAAACAUUACCAUGUAUGAAUGCCCCUCUUGGGUAUCUGACAGUGCGAUUUAGACAAAUGAGCCGCGCCAUGAGAAAACCAACAUAGUGGCUAUACGACAAGCAUGGAUCCAGACUAGUCAUAGCAUCUAUUCCAUCUAAACAGCUGAUCGCAUGUACUGACUUGCUGCCAUUUGACAGCUCUGACUGAGGACCGAUUGGGGUAGCCGAAUUCAGAUCUGUAUCUAUAGAUCUAGGAUCCAGACCAGCCAGCGCAUCCGUGCAGUCUGGUCAGGAUCCAUGCUGUUCGCUAAAGGCUUCUUUACUUCCAUUAGGCUUUGAAAGUGAACAGCAUGGUUCCUGGUCGCAAAGCCACUAUGUUGGUUUUCUCAUGGUGUGGCUCAAAUGCUUUGACAUCCUAUGGUCUUUCUUGUAGUGAACAAAUCAGACUUUCCAAAAAUAUCCCCCACUAGAACCUUAAGCUGGUCAAGAUGACAUGAAUAUUAUUCUGAAGGUGAUUUAGUUUGGUUAACUAACUGUGAUAUGUGUAACUAUUGAAUGUUUAAACUAUAUUUAUUGUUCACUUGUGUAAUCAUGUAUUUAUUGUGUGAGAAUGGACAGUAAAUUAUAGAAUGCAGUGAAAAUAUGAUACACAUCUUGUACGUCCCCUACUAUGCCUUUUAAAGCAUUAGAAACUGUCAAGGGUCAAGUCUUGUUUGAUUUUAAACUAUUUCUUGUUAAAACGUAAUCAAAUUGACUAGUGGAAUUAGGUAGCUCCAUUCCCCCAUGUGGUUCCGUGUAUGAAAAGAAUUGGAACCACUGUCUUACCCUUGCAUGAUCGUAAGAGGCGACUUACAGGGUCUUAACAUUUGGUUUUGCUGUAACUUGGUGAUUCCAGCAGGUAUGCAGAUUUGGAUUCAAUACCUCAUGUUUUUAUUUCGAUGUAAAUGAGAUAUGAAACCAAAAUUUGUAGUCCUGUUUAGCGCCAUGUAACCUAUACUGUGUAGGUGCGCCAUAAAACCCAAAUAAAAUAAAUAAAUAAAUAAAGGUAGCUCCUUUGAUAAAUUGUCUUCGUUUUGCCAACAUUUCAAAAACAUAAAAUACAAAGAAAAACAAGUGAAAUUCUCAU